CUGACCCUCUGCCUCUGGCUGGCGGCCUCCGGGGGCUGCCUGGCGGCCAGCCCCGGCGCGGCGGCUGCACGGCGGCUGGACGAGUCGCUGUCGGCCGGGAGCGUCCAGCGCGCCCGCUGCGCCUCCAGGUGCCUCAGCCUGCAGAUCACGCGCAUCUCCGCCUUCUUCCAGCACGUCCAGAACAAUGGUUCACUGGUUUGGUGCCAGAAUCACAAGCAAUGUUCUAAGUGCCUGGAGCCCUGCAAGGAAUCCUGGGACCUGCAGAUGCAGCAGUGCCAGAGCUUCUGUGAGCCUCUGUUCCCCAAGAAGAACUACGAAUGCCUGACGAGCUGUGAGUUCCUGAAAUACAUCCUGUCGGUGAGGCAGGGGGACUGCCCGGCCCCCGAGAAAGCCAGCGGAUUUGCCGCCGCCUGCGUUGAAAGUUGCGAAGUUGACAACGAGUGCUCUGGGGUUAAGAAAUGUUGUUCAAAUGGAUGUGGCCACACCUGCCAGGUGCCCAAGACACUGUACAAAGGUGUCCCCCUGAAGCCCAGAAAGGAGUUACGAUUUACAGAACUGCAGUCUGGACAGCUGGAGAUUAAGUGGUCCUCGAAAUUCAAUAUUUCCAUUGAGCCUGUGAUAUAUGUGGUACAAAGAAGAUGGAAUUAUGGAAUCCAUCCUAGUGAAGACGAUGCCACACAUUGGCAGACAGUAGCGCAGACCACAGAUGAGCGGGUUCAACUGACUGACAUACGGCCCAGCAGGUGGUACCAGUUCCGAGUGGCGGCUGUCAAUGUUCACGGGACCCGAGGCUUCACUGCCCCCAGCAAACACUUCCGCUCCUCCAAAGAUCCAUCUGCACCACCAGCUCCCACCAACCUCCGGCUUGCAAACUCUACAAUCAACAGCGACGGGAGUGUGACCGUGGCUCUUGUUUGGGAUCUGCCCGAGGAACCAGAUAUCCCAGUGCAUCACUACAAAGUGUUUUGGAGCUGGACAGUCAGCAGCAAGUCACUAGUCCCAACAAAAAAGAAGCGGAGAAAGACUACAGAUGGGUCUCAAAAUUUGGUGAUCCUGGAGAGACUCCAGCCAGACUGUGACUACAGCGUGGAAUUGCAGGCCAUCACGUACUGGGGGCAGACGCGCCUGAAGAGUGCGAAGGUCUCCCUUCAUUUCACGUCCACACACGCCACCAGCAAUAAAGAACAACUUGGGAAAACUAAAAAAAGUGUGAUGCAGAUACAGCCCCCUUUCCAAAGAAGACGGCCCACUCGCCUCCUGGAAAUUGGAGCUCCGUUCUAUCAGGACAAUCAGCUGCAGGUGAAGGUCUACUGGAAAAAGACGGAAGAUCCCCGUGUGAAUCAAUAUCAUGUACAGUGGUUUCCAGAAGUCUGUGCCCACAACCAAACUACUGGACUGGAGACGUCGUCUGGCAUGACCCGGGAAAAUUAUAUAAUUCUUCAAGAUCUGUCAUUUUCCUGCAAAUAUAAGGUGACUGUCCAACCAACACGGCCGAAGGGCCUCUUGAAGGCAGAAACUGUUUUCUUUACGACUCCGCCCUGCUCUGCUCUCAAGGGGAAAAGCCACAAACAUGUCAGCUGCCCUAGCGAAGCAGGUCACGUUCUUUCCAAAGUGCUGGCCAAGCCCGAGAACCUUUCUGCUUCAUUCGUUGUCCAGGGUGUGAACAUCACGGGCCACUUUUCUUGGAAGAUGGCCAAGGCCAACCUCUAUCAGCCCAUGACUGGCUUUCAAGUGACGUGGGCUGAGGUCACGACGGAGAGCAGACAGAACAGCUUACCCAACAGCAUCAUUUCACAGUCCCAGAUACUGCCUUCUGAUCAUUAUGUCCUAACAGUGCCCAAUCUGAGGCCAUCCACCCUUUAUCGCCUGGAAGUACAAGUGCUGACCACAGGAGGGGAAGGGCCCACCACAAUCAAAACCUUCCGGACCCCUGACCUCCCGCCAUCUUCAGCGCACAGACCCCAUCUCAAACAUCGCCAUCCACAUCAUUACAAGCCUUCUCCAGAAAGAUACUAAACUGCUCAAAAAGAUGUUCAGAAAUGCAACGAAUGGCAUGUGUCAGCUUGUCUGCCUUCAAGGACAGGACGGGGGCACUU